AUGGACGUCGAAAAGUGCAUAGAUCUACACAACCGCAUCGUCGCCCACGCUUGCUCGCACCUUCCACCCGACCGCCAACCUCAGAUUCAACGCAGCUGGUUCAGCGCGCACUCACUAGAUCCUUCCUCACCCGUUCCCUUGCCCCUAGAUAUCGAGGAAGAAUUCGACGAUGACCUCACAGCCUUCCUAUCAGGCAUCGACAUCGUCGUGCCCGAACAACAUCAACAUCUGGCCUUUAAUCCCUUGCUCGUCGGUGUCCCUUCGCCUAACCAUAUGAUCCCCGAUAUGUGGCUUGGCAUCAUCGAGGAACGCGAGGAUUACAUCCUGCUUUACACAGGACCUGGAUAUGAUGCAGGGGGUCUUUUGUACAGCCUAUCGACGCAGCAAGUGGGCUACAUGGCCUCCCCGUAUUCCGAACCUGAAGACCUCUAUUGGGACGAUCUUCAGAAUGCGCUGGAAAUUUACUGGGACUGCGUUGAGUCGGGGAAAUUCGUCAUCGAUGCAGAAUACCUGGGAGAUGAACUUACUACGCAGGGAUGGAGGCUACUCGAGUGGACUGGCCUUGAGCUGGAGGGCGCGCUGGAGGCGUGGCAUAGUUUGGUGGACGCGAUCACUAAACGCCUACCGGGACAAGGGAAAGAUGACGACCCGGGAGCACACCAGGAGGAGAAGCAAGAAGAAGUGGACGCUGUUUUGGUAUCAUCUGAGAUCUUGGAGAAAUAUCCGGCUAUCCCGUCUUUCGCACGCGCAUUCCUUUCUCGGGCGAAGAAGCCGACCUUUACUUCCAUCGCUCCGCAACUGGACAUUCCGACCGAAGCCUUCGUUCACCGUGUAGGUGCCAAAUUACAGGAGCUACACCCCGACGCUUCCAUCACCACUCCGGACUAUGAAAUGGGCUAUAUACCCAAAUUUCUCUUGUUCCCGUGGCGGACACAAGGCCUCGAACUCGUUCUCGAGUCUGAUCGUGACCGGUGGAAGGAUAGACGGGGACAUGCCCACACCCUUGACAACCGCGCUGGUCUGUAUCUGACCCCCGAUGGCACGCACACACACAAUCUCUCUACUCCUACCUUUCCCCAUCGGAGCUAA